GAUCUAAAGCAUCAACCGGAACUUGAUAUCACUUCUUCCUUGUUCAAUACUAUGGUAAUUAGCUGCUCACAUGCUCGAGUAAUCUCUGCCAGAGCGAUGAAGCGAUGCAUCGACGGAAAUGCGCAUAUUCCAUUUCCUCUAGCCACUAUCACACAGAGCAAUUUCGAUUCGGACAAUGCUCAAAUUAUCGAGGUACUAGCCAGUUCUGCCAUUACGACGGCAUCUGCCCAACUUGAAGUCGAACAUUUACGGAAGGAACUUGCUGAGGAACGGCGGAUGCAGAAGGAACGCGAUUUGAGUAGAUCUUUAGCGAUUGAAACUUGCAAUGAGGUAAUGUUAUCUUCCAUCGAGCAUCUGAAUGAGUUGCAAGCUCCUCCAGACACAAAAAGUGUAGGUGUGGACACGAAGGCAUUUACCAGAAGGUUGAGAAACUUGGACCUUCUUACAGUUGGUGAGCAUCAAUAG